AUGGAUCAAGUCGCCGUGAGAUGUGCCAAAUGUGGCUCCGAGCUGGGAAUUCUGGUCAAUCUAUGGACGCAGAUAGGCAAGAAAUACAUCACACCAGUAACCCACGUGGAGGACAAGAACGAGGCGGACAAGAUCACUACAACAGGUGCGAUUCGAAUUGGUGAUGCGGACACUAUAGUCGAGGGCUGCGGCCAAAUCAUCUUUCGUCUUGCGUCCAUAUCACUUAAAGUCGCGUCAGAUCUCCGUCGCAAAGCUGAACCCAAGAUACAGCGCGCCCUCAAUCUCAGGAUUAAACCAGCCGCAGCUCAAGGAAAACCCUCACAUCUGAAUGGCGAGGCUGCCCAUCGAAAUGAACCCUCUCCAAGCAGGGAUAGGUUCGACAUCAUGCAGAUCCAGACAGAUCUCGAGGCUCAGCAAGACGAGAUCCAGCGGAUCGGCGCAGCUGGAUUCCAAGUCAUAUCGACGCUGAACAGCACAGUCGCACGCUUCGAAAAGCAGAUGCGGGAGCUGAGCGACUCCGUUGCCAGUGUCCGCAAAGAUGGAGAAGGACAACAGGCCGACAUCAAGUCUCUCAAAACCCAAAUGAGUGACGCCAAGCGGAAUGGCGACAGCGACGCCGUGAUUGCUCGUCUGGAUAAGCAGCUCCAAACGACGGACAGAGUGGUCUCUGAACUUCGGCAAAUUAUUCAGAAAUCCAAGAUAGAGGCUACGACUCUCCGGCUUGAUCUGGCAACUGCGCACAAGGAGAUUGCAGAAGUGAAGAGGACAAAUGAACGUCUCAAAGAGAAUGUCGCCGAAGCAAAGGAAGUAGCGCAGGAAGGCAUCGCCACGUCCAAGCUGUAUGCUUCGGAGGUGGCAUCGUUGAGGCGGGAGAUUGCACAGCUACGGUCUGAGCUUGGACAAGAAAACACACACCACUCUUCGAUGGGCGAGGACCCUUCCAUUACAUCGCAUCAGCUGGACAUCCUUGCCAGUAACAUAUCCAAGAUUGGCAACAGGGCCAGCCAGGUCGAAUCUCUGCAGAUGGAGUUUGACCUCUUCAGAACUCGAAUACAACGGCUAGAGGCUCGAGUGGUUGGUGGCACGCCCAAUCCCAGCCGAAAGGACGUUCGUGCUUCUCGGGCAGAGUACGCCUCCGCGGCUGAGCAGGACAACCAGUCUCACUACGGAUCAACUACGCGCAAGAAGCGGCCGCCAGCGACUGGUGACGAGAACCACAUUCUCAAGUCAACUCCUCCGAAACGGGUGGCCCUCUCAUCGGACUAUCCCAGCCUUGCUACCGUUGGCUAUGUUAGCACCAGCGAGCAUCGACAGUCAUCGCCGGGGGGCAUGGAUUUGAUAGAGACGCCUGUCCAACGGCGGACUACAGCAGCAUCGACUAACAAGAGUUCUGCAAAACGCGGUAGAUGGGGAGCAAAAGGCUAA